AUGUCCCUGCAUCAGUUUUUACUAGAGCCAAUCACCUGUCAUGCCUGGAACAGGGAUCGUACCCAGAUUGCCCUUAGCCCCAAUAAUCAUGAAGUCCACAUCUAUAAAAAGAACGGGAGCCAGUGGGUGAAAGCUCAUGAACUCAAGGAGCACAAUGGACACAUCACAGGUAUCGACUGGGCUCCCAAGAGCGACCGCAUCGUCACCUGCGGGGCAGACCGCAACGCCUAUGUCUGGAGUCAGAAGGAUGGUGUCUGGAAGCCAACCCUGGUGAUCCUGAGAAUUAACCGUGCCGCCACUUUUGUCAAGUGGUCCCCACUAGAGAACAAGUUUGCUGUGGGAAGCGGAGCAAGACUCAUUUCUGUUUGUUACUUUGAAUCUGAAAAUGACUGGUGGGUAAGCAAGCACAUUAAAAAGCCAAUUCGCUCCACGGUCCUCAGCUUGGAUUGGCAUCCCAACAAUGUUUUGCUGGCAGCAGGAUCAUGUGAUUUCAAAUGCAGAGUGUUUUCUGCAUACAUUAAAGAAGUGGAUGAAAAGCCAGCCAGUACACCCUGGGGCAGUAAGAUGCCUUUUGGUCAGCUGAUGUCCGAGUUUGGUGGCAGUGGUACUGGUGGCUGGGUGCAUGGCGUCAGCUUCUCCGCCAGCGGGAGUCGACUGGCCUGGGUCAGCCAUGACAGCACUGUGUCCGUUGCCGAUGCCUCAAAAAGCGUGCAGGUCUCCACUUUGAAAACAGAGUUCCUGCCCCUCCUGAGUGUGUCAUUUGUCUCGGAGAAUAGCGUUGUAGCAGCUGGCCAUGACUGCUGCCCAAUGCUCUUUAACUAUGAUGACCGCGGCUGCUUGACUUUCGUCUCCAAGCUAGACAUUCCAAAACAGAGCAUCCAGCGCAACAUGUCUGCCAUGGAACGCUUCCGCAACAUGGACAAGAGGGCCACAACUGAGGACCGCAAUACAGCCUUGGAGACUCUGCACCAGAAUAGUAUCACUCAAGUAUCUAUUUAUGAGGUGGACAAGCAAGAUUGUCGCAAAUUUUGCACUACUGGCAUCGAUGGAGCCAUGACAAUUUGGGAUUUCAAGACCUUAGAGUCCUCCAUCCAGGGCCUCCGGAUAAUGUGA